AUCUAAAACACCUCCAUUUAAUAAAUCCCCCAACCCCCUCUAUCCUCUAGAAUCAAAAGAAUAAAUAAAUAAGAACUGAAUUAAAAAAGCUCUUUCCAGGGGCAGAGGGACUGGCGUGGCUGGCUGGCUGGUCACUCGGUCGCGAUGGAGACGAUGGCCGCCUUCCUCACCCCCUUCCUCCUGCUUUUAUCCUUCUCCCCGACCAUCUCCCCGCAGGAAUGGAACACUCAGGAUUACAUGAAGAGAGAGCACUCCCUCGUGAAGCCCUAUCAAGGAAUGGGCACUUCUAUACCAUACUGGGAUUUCCUGGGUAACACUAUGGUUACCAACAAUUAUAUUCGCUUGACCGGAGAUGUCCAGAGCGUGCGAGGAGCCGUUUGGAAUAAGAUCCCAUGUUUUGUACAGAAUUGGGAAAUGCAGAUUCAGUUCAAAGUACACGGACGGGGAAAGGAUCUGUUUGGUGAUGGCUUUGCCUUCUGGUAUGUGAAGGACCCAAUGGUUGAAGGUGAUGUUUUUGGCAGCAAGGAUUUCUUCACCGGAUUAGGGGUUAUUGCUGACACUUACAGCAACCACAAUGGCCCUCAUAAUCACGGCCACCCAUACAUUUCUGCGAUGGUGAAUAACGGUACUCUUCACUACGAUCAUGACCGAGACGGAACUCACACACAGCUCUCGGGAUGUGUGGCAAAGUUCAGGAAUUUAGAUUAUGACACUUACCUGUCAAUCAGAUAUAAGCAUGACACACUAACAGGUGAAUAUUCAGUUGAGCAUUUGACUGUUGUGGAUAAUAUUUUUCUUUUAUUUAGAAAGGAGUAUGAGAUUACAAAUAGGUAUUAUUUUUUCCUUCAGGAUAUCCUUCAAGACCGAGCCAAUGUUAUGCCGUCUGCCUCAUUUUUUGAGCCACCAAGAGACCACGUUGACGACCCCAAACCUUCCGAGUUGUCGACCUGGAAAAAGGUUCUUCUCCUCAUCUUUGGAGUGUUGGCAAUCUGCGGCUGCGUCUUCAUCGGGGGCUUGUUCUACGUCAAACAGAAAGAGCAGCAGCGGAAGCGGUUCUACUAGAAAUUGGAUUGUUUUCCUUUCGCAUAGGGGAAAAUAUUUUUAAUGAGAGUGAGAGUGACUGGGGAAAAAAUGUUUUUCACCUCUGUUAUAGAUGGAAUUCUUUUAGCUGAUUUUUAGCAUUUUUUUUUUUUCUUUUUCUUUUUCUUUCAAUCCUUCAUGAAAAAAAAAAAGUUGAAAGAAUUUGAGCGUUACCAAACAAUUUUUAAGUCGAGAACUUAGUAAUUGACAAAAGGCAUUAUCUUUUUUAUGGUUGAAUGAUAUUGUGAAAGUCUCAGUGUAAAAAGUCAGUCAUAGUUAUUCUAUUUGCAUUUUUACUCUAGUGAUUUUAAGUGAUAUAUAAUGAUGUAUAAGUGAUAUAUGGCUCAUCAUUCUGAAAAUUGUCACGAAAGUUGACAGACGCAGACAAUUUUUUUGUACGAGUUUAGGAAGUUUUGGAAUUUGUAUCAAUCCUCAGAAGAAAAAAAAGUUUGCAAAAGGUGAUUUUAUUUUUUAUUUAUUUUUUUUUUUUUGUAAAAUGCAUAAUGAAUUUGUAAUAUAAUGUAUAUUUAAUUUAUUGGUGUUAAAACAGUCAAAUUGUGUAAGUUUCUUACACUGACUUAAAUUUGACAAGAAGCAAAUUACCAAAUACUGAAGAAAUGUACUCUUUCAAAGGGCAAUUUGUCGUAAUACAAAGUUUGAUCAGCACAAUGCCAGGGUUCUUAAACAGGAACUCUGGGAGAGGAAAAAGUACCUCCCCCCCCCCCUUCUUUUUUUUCUUUCUUUCUUUUUUUUUUCCUCUCUCUUUUCUUGUGAUAAAAGUUGUCUUUUUCCUGCUCAGGAUUAAAUGAGAUUUAUACCGUACUUGGCGAUAAUGCUUCCUCAUUGUGAAUAUGUCUUACUUCCCUGAUCUUUGUGUUUUUGAAUUAAAGCCACAUUUUUUAUAAGGUUAUGGGAGAUUUAGUUAUAUUGAGUGUGUGUGUGUUUGUGUGUAAAUAUUUUAAUGAUUAUUACGAUUUUUUUUUUUUUUCUCUCUCUCUCUCUCUCUGUUAUCUUUCUGUGUCCCAUUACGUGUUUUGAGUUUUUAAGAUUCAAAGAACUGGAGUGAAUGCCUACAAAAAAAACCUGUCAUUUGCUCAUUGUAGCUAUACUACCAUACCUUGGCGUUAUUCAUGUAAUAGUUUAAUAAUUUUGACUUGUUUAGUGAGACAUCAACUUAUGAUUAUUUUUCACAAGGUCCGAUUUUUUUUUUUUGUUUUAAUCGAAGUGUUGGGGUGCAUGGUUCCUGAACGAGCAGCAAUUUAAAAAUGUAUCGAUGUCCAUUAUAUUAAGGCCAAUGAUAAUCCCUUUGUUUCAUCUCUAUAUUAUUGGUAACUGAGUUCUAGUCAGUUCAUCAUAAGGAUCACACACACGUUUUGUAAAAGAUGAUUUGGUGCAAGUUUUGGUUGCGUUUUUUGAAAAAUGUUUUUAUUUUACCAUAUUCCAUAAAAAUGAUUUUUGAGAGAAAAAUAUUUAGUAAAGCAAGCCUUCUUCAUUUUUUUUUUUUCUUUCUUGCGUUUCAGUAGUUCACUAAACAAUGCCAAAAUUAUCCGUUUGAUAAGACAGUGUAUAUUUUAAUAAAGCUGGAUUUAUUUUCCGUUUUUUCUUAACAUCAUGAUUGCCAGUAUCUGUUAUCUGUUUGUUUUCAGAUGAUUUAUAUGAAUACCCCAUGAUAUUCCAUAUUAUUGUAAGUAAAGGUGUAUGUGAAAAAUAAAAGGUAUUUUCUAGUGGAAGUUUAUUGAUGUGUGUCUCUUAACAGGAGUCUCAGGGGUGCAAGUCUUGCUGUGGAAAAUGGUAAAUUCUAUCGGAACAGUUUACGCUCGAGCUUUUUAGCUAUGGCGGUGUUUGUACCUUCGUAUUCAGAAUUUACAGAAUGUCUGGCACAGUUAGAUAAGGACUAGCUAAUUAGAAAUGAAAAAAAAAAACAGUUUUGAGAUACAUUUUGCAUUUUCUCAUAUAAAUUUGUUGGUGUAUGAAUGUAAUGUAUGUAUUUAUGCAUUUGUGUGCAUAUAUGUGAUGUAUGUGCAUAUGAUUGUGUUUGUGUUUGUUACAUAUAUAUGUAUACAUCAUUUGAAAAAUUGUCAGUAACUAUGUUGUUUUCCAACUCUAUUAUUAGAAAAUAUUUUGGGGGAGGGGGUCAAAAAGUUAUGAUUUUCUUUCCUCUUUUUAUCUUGUGCUCAUUUUUGUUUGUGCUUGUUUUUGUGAAAAUACAGAUAUUAAAAAAAUAAAAAGUUUAUGGAAAUACUAAUCCUUUGGAUUAGAAUAAUAUAAUAAUUAUCAUUUUGCACUUUUGUUUUAAUGAUUAAGUUCAUUUGUUUUUUUUGUUAUGUGGUGCGAGUGUUGGGUAAAGGAACUGAUUAAUUAUCUAUGAAUGAUUUUUUAAAUAAAUGAAAAUGUGAUA